AUGCACCGCCUCAACCAAGGCGAGGGCAGCAAUCGAGCCAGAAGGGAUCAAAGAGACGUCGGCUCUUCUGUGGCGGAUCCGUGGAGGUUCAGAGACUGGCGGCCGCUUGGCGGUUCAAGAAAGCCAGGGGUCUUCCAGAUAGGCAAGGGGCAAGGCCAGCAGGAGUUGAAAAAAGCUGAGAGGAGAAAGAGAAGCAUUCCCGUACUUCUUGCUGAAGCUCGGCUGGAGGGCAGCCGGAGCAGCCGUUUGAAACCAUUCGUCUCAUGA